CAAUAGCAGUAACAAUUGCUACUGCUACUUAAAAUAAAUCACAGUUUACCAUCUCUAUAAUAAAUAGUAUAAUAAUAUCGUUCUGUGAUAAUAUACAAGUGUACAACCUCUGUGGCGGCUAACUAAAAUACAAAAUCCAUCAUCCAGUUCAGAUCGCGCAUAUUCGCAUUGUACGAGUCUCCGGGGACCGAAGUCCUAUUCGGUGUUUAGUGCGUGACAAGAAUCAGUCGGCCAGGUCGUCUAUUUGCUCACCGCUUGUACAGGAUCUGCAGUGAUUCAAAUGAAGAUGAUGUCCUCACAAGGUAGUACCUUCAGUAAGUCAAAGUUUACUGCACACGCUACUGUACUUUUAAAACUUCACUACCGUAACUCGCCGUUCCGUCACUAUGAUGACACAGUUAGUCCACUCCUAGACGACGUGAACAUGAAAGGGUACGAACGAGUCAAAGGCUUAAUUCAUAAGACUUAUCCUCAAUGCGAUAUUUUUAAAAUACAUCGUGUCAACGCCCCAGUUAUGUACGGAAUGUAUCUCCUACAUAAGGAGGAAAUACGGUUGGCCAACGGAGGAAAUGAUGUGAAGGAGAAGGUACUAUACCACGUGACCUCCGAGCCAAACGCUGUGGAGUCCCUAACAAGUGGACUCGACUGGAGGCGCACUCAGCGCUCUAGAUUCGGAUCUGGGGUAUCUUUUAGUAACAACGCGGACUACUGCAAUGUUUAUGCCAAUAAAUCCACUAAUAAAGUGGGAGUCAGAGUGAUCAUCGUAAGCACUGUGCUGGUGAAUGAUACGCAUCUGAUCAAAAAGCGGAAAAAAGAACACACACUAAUCAUACCGCCCGGCACCGCAGAUACUACGGUGAGCCAUAACGGCCACGUUUUCGUCAAGUAUUAUGAUUUUGAAUCAUACCCGUUGUUUUUUGUUUACUACCGAUGGACACCGGAAAUUCUAAAUGAAAGCAAAUUUUUCAUCACUAAAACGAACUACACCCUCCAAAGGUUACAGCAGGAAGAGCAGACGCUGUGUGAGCAAGUAGCAGAUUUGCAUAUAGCCGAGUCUAGCAAUCUGCAACUCCGACGCCGAAGUGCCAGUAAACAACGCUGGGCUGCAGCCAAAGCAGAUUCCGAAGCCGCCGCAUCCAAAGCUGUAGCCGCCGCCUUGUUACAACGCCGACGCCGAAGUGCCAGUAAAAAACGCCGACAGCGACAGCGCCGUGCCGCAGCCAUAGUGGAAGUGAAAGCGGCUCUGUGAAGACCAUCCAAUGAUAGUAAUUUGUGGUUAGUUGACAAUGAUUGUAAACGGACCCUUCUAAUUAUCAUAUUAAGUAACCUUAAAUGACCUACAAAUGAGCUCACCAUUUUUUUUACCUUAUAACAUCUUUAAAAAUAUAGUAUAUACAUAUAAACAACAGAAAAAAUACUAUUUUAUCAUCAUUUUGUCAAACACAUUUUUUAUACGUUAAGUCAUUAUUCAAACGUAAUUUCGUAAUAUGUGCGCUACGCUCUGCCACAAAUGACAAGCAACGAGAUCUCUUCCAGAGAAUUACACGCACAUGUCUUCUGCUGGUAUGUCCGCGUUCAGAUUACCUACUUACAUUUUUAUUUAGGUACCCACUACCCACGCUAUAUUCAGUAGGUAUAUUCCUACUAUCCUACUCUUUUAGUCUUACCUCAAGCGCCGAGAUAAAGCAUAUUUAGAUUUCCUAUAUUUUUAAAUGUUUCGUUGAUUAUUCCUGAAUUUUUUGCUACUAUACCUUUUAAAGUCACUCCGCGUUCUUCUAGAAAUCGAUUUAUCUAUACGACCAUGAUCUCUGUAGUAUUGUAUCGUUUAUUUUUAAUUAAAUAAAAAUAAUUUGUCAAUUUCUGGAAAAUUAAUCUAAAAAAGUUGUUACCUGCAACCUGCAGGAGUUCCAAAAAUCUUUGAAACUGGGAGAUAGUGUUAACCAACAAGUAAGUCUUACUAACUAAAUAGCAACAUUGUAUUGUCUGACCUACUGUACAGUUGUUGUUUUGAUAAAAUAUACUUAUAUAGGUACAGUAGGUAUAUUGAUAUUUUAUCUACAUAUUUUGCUGCUAUAAUAUAGUAUAAGUUAACAGUCCCA